AAUAAUAAUAAUAAUAAUAAUAAUAAUAAUAAUAAUAAUAAUAAUAAUAAUAAUAAUAAUAAUAAUAAUAAUAAUAAUAAUAAUAAUAAUAAUAAUAAUAAUAAUAAUAAUAAUAAUAAUAAUAAUAAUAAUAAUAAUAAUAAUAAUAAUAAUAAUAAUAAUAAUAAUAAUAAUAAUAAUAAUAAUAAUAAUAAUAAUAAUAAUAAUAAUAAUAAUAAUAAUAAUAAUAAUAAUAAUAAUAAUAAUAAUAUUAAUAAUAAUAAUAAUAAUAAUAAUAUUAAUAAUAAUAAUAAUAAUAAUAAUAAUAAUAAUAAUAAUAAUAAUAAUAAUAAUAAUAAUAAUAAUAAUAAUAAUAAUAAUAAUAAUAAUAAUAAUAAUAAUAAUAAUAAUAAUAAUAAUAAUAAUAAUAAUAAUAAUAAUAAUAAUAAUAAUAAUAAUAAUAAUAAUAAUAAUAAUAAUAAUAAUAAUAAUAAUAAUAAUAAUAAUAAUAAUAAUAAUAAUAAUAAUAAUAAUAAUAAUAAUAAUAAUAAUAAUAAUAAUAAUAAUAAUAAUAAUAAUAAUAAUAAUAAUAAUAAUAAUAAUAAUAAUAAUAAUAAUAAUAAUAAUAAUAAUAAUAAUAAUAAUAAUAAUAAUAAUAAUAAUAAUAAUAAUAAUAAUAAUAAUAAUAAUAAUAAUAAUAAUAAUAAUAAUAAUAAUAAUAAUAAUAAUAAUAAUAAUAAUAAUAAUAAUAAUAAUAAUAAUAAUAAUAAUAAUAAUAAUAAUAAUAAUAAUAAUAAUAAUAAUAAUAAUAAUAAUAAUAAUAAUAAUAAUAAUAAUAAUAAUAAUAAUAAUAAUAAUAAUAAUAAUAAUAAUAAUAAUAAUAAUAAUAAUAAUAAUAAUAAUAAUAAUAAUAAUAAUAAUAAUAAUAAUAAUAAUAAUAAUAAUAAUAAUAAUAAUAAUAAUAAUAAUAAUAAUAAUAAUAAUAAUAAUAAUAAUAAUAAUAAUAAUAAUAAUAAUAAUAAUAAUAAUAAUAAUAAUAAUAAUAAUAAUAAUAAUAAUAAUAAUAAUAAUAAUAAUAAUAAUAAUAAUAAUAAUAAUAAUAAUAAUAAUAAUAAU